AUGAAGAGCACAUUUAUCCUCUCUGGCCUUCUGGCGACUACUGUCUCGGCUCACAUGCAAUUGAGCAAGCCUUACCCUAUCCGCAGUCCCCUCAACAAGGACGCCAAGGGAGAGAAAGACUAUUCUUACACCAACCCUCUCUCCACCUCUGGUAGCGACUACCCAUGCAAAGGCUACGCCAAUGAUGACUUUGAGGCCGUAGAUACGUGGCAGCCCGGCUCUUCCCAAGAGAUGACGUUGGAAGGGAGUGCCGUCCAUGACGGCGGCUCAUGUCAACUCUCGCUCACUUAUGACAAAGGGAAAACUUUCAAAGUCAUUGAGUCAAUCGAGGGCGACUGCCCUAUUGCUAAGAAAUACCAAUUUGACGUCCCAUCGGACGCACCAAGUGGUGAUGCUCUUUUUGCCUGGACGUGGUUUAACAAGAUUGGCAACCGCGAAAUGUACAUGAACUGUGCUAUGAUCACGAUUGGGGGCUCUGAAAACCGCAACGCUACUGUAGACUCCGAGUACCACGAGUCUAAAAAGGCUCCAAUCCAGAAGCUUGACCACAAACACACAGUCAAGGGACCCAACAACAAGGCAAACGACCAGACGUCUAACAGCAAAGCCAAUACCCACAGUCCAAACGCCAAAAGCAGCUUCGAUAGUCUCCCAGAUAUCUUCGUUGCCAACGUCAACCAAGCUGGAAAUUGUGUGACCAUUGAGGGGCAGGCCGUUCAUUUCCCUAAUCCCGGUCCCAAGCUCGUCGGCGAGGCUGAUGGCCCUGGCUACAAGUGCUCCGAUCACGCUCCUUUCCUCGAUAGCAGCUCCAACUCCGAAUCACAGCCCUCCACCACAAGCGUCUCCAAGUUGGAGAAAAAGCCCGCUCCUACCAGCACCUCUUCUACCACAAGCAUCUCCAAGUUUGAGAAAAAGCCCGCUACUACCAGCACCACCACCACCACCACCACCAACGCUGUGUCCAAGAUCGCCCAGUCCUUCGGCACUCCCUCCGCUACCGCUAACUCUCGUAAUCUCUCCACCGAAGCCUCAUCCGGCAAUCAGUUCUCAAACAAUGUCGUUCAAUGGUCUUGCCACUCUGGUGACAUCAUCUGCUCUCCAGAUGGAUUUUCCUUUGCCUUGUGCUCUAACAACAAACCUGUCUUCAUGGGCUCUGUCGCUGCUGGUACUAUUUGCCGCUGGGGCGCCAUCACUGCUCGCCAGUAA